UACAAAAGGUCCAGAAUAAGGAUCAGGAAACACAGCCUUGGGAUAUAUUCAUAGACGGAGAGACAAGAGAGGAUUGGGUUCUGUGGGUGUGAGAAUGGGAGCUGUUUGGGGUACCAUAUUUGUGGUUCUGGCAGCAAUAUCGGUGACUCAUGCACAGCUCAGCCCAACAUUCUACGACGAAACAUGCCCUAACGUCACCGACAUCGUGUCUGGGGUUAUCCAGAAUGCUUCGCAAAGCGAUCCUCGUAUCGGAGCCAGUCUCAUCAGGCUUCACUUCCAUGACUGCUUUGUUCAAGGAUGUGAUGCUUCGCUUUUGCUGAACGAUAGUGCCACCAUAGUAAGCGAACAGCAAGCUCUUGGCAAUAAUAACUCCAUCAGAGGACUGGACGUUGUCAAUAAUAUCAAGUCCGCUCUUGAAUCCUCUUGCCCCAAUACCGUUUCUUGCGCUGACAUCCUUGCCAUUGCUGCUCAAUCUUCUGUUGUCCUGGCUGGAGGACCCUCAUGGACAGUUCAAUUGGGAAGAAGGGAUAGCCUGACAGCAAACUUGACCCUAGCUAAUCUUAACCUUCCAGGCCCCAAUUCAACAUUGGAAACUCUCAAGGAUCGCUUCUCUGUUCAAGGCCUCAAUGCCACUGAUCUUGUUGCACUCUCUGGUGCUCACACAUUUGGAAGAGCUCAGUGCAGUACCUUUGUUAACCGGCUUUACAAUUUUAGCGGCGACGGCAACCCAGACUCGACGCUGAACACCACAUACUUAGCCACGUUGCGACAGAUAUGCCCACAGAACGCAGGAGGGACUAACCUCACGAAUCUCGACCUGACCACGGCUGAUACCUUUGACAAGAACUAUUACUCCAACUUGCAGCUCCAGAACGGCUUGCUCUUCAGUGACCAGGUCCUGUUCUCCACUUCUGGUGCUGAUACCAUCGCCAUCGUCAACAAUUUCAGCUCCAACCAGACAGCUUUCUUUGAAGCCUUUGCAGCGUCCAUGAUCAAGAUGGGUAAUAUCAACCCUUUGACCGGCACCCAGGGUGAAAUCCGAACCCAAUGUAAUGCUGUCAAUGGAGCCUCAGGGUUAAUUAUGGGCGGUGUUGCUUCCGCUAAAUCUCAAGACGCUUCUGUUAGUUCAAUCUAAGCUAUCUCUCUGUUUGUUUUGGCAUAAAUAAACAAGCGAAACAUCGUGCUAGUGACUUGUGACCAUGUAUAUAUUCUGCUGCUGCUGCUGCGUGUGUGUGUGUGUGUGUCAUGUAUCAGCGAGCAAUAUAUUUUCUUCCUUGAAAAGACUUUAUGUAAAUCA